UGUGUCGUUAUGUCGUAUUCAUACCAGCCCUAACGACUAACGUCCUACUCAGUCAGUUUAACAUCAACUUGUUGCACCUACUUUCAAAAAGUUAAUAUUUUACCUGUUUAUGUGAGAAAGUGAACAUGUUAUCUAAUUAGCAUGUUAAAGCAUUGGCGUUUAAACUGUGUUAUCUAAUUUACCGUUACAAUCGGUACAGGAAAGCGGAAUGUGUGUUGUUUUCGAUAGCAAAAUUCGUUACAACUUCGAUGCACCUGCAGUGCAUUAUGCAGAUACGUCGGGCGUUAAUUAACACACGAUCCAAUAAUGUAUUGAGUUGAGUGCAUUCUUACUAUGACACGACUAAGCGAAUUAUUUAAGUAAAUUCAGUUACGCUAACUACGUGGAACUGUGUGUAUCAUGAUAAACUAAAAAAUAAACUACCUGACAGACCGAAGAGUCAUCAGAUCACAAAAUGACUCAUAAGUGAGAAGCAGUAUACAUUUUUUGUUUAGUUUUUGUGGAAUGCUGCCUUUUUCAAUGAGUAUAGUUCAAAGUAUGCAAGGCACUUGGCGGGAAUAGUUGUAAAUAAGUGUCUUCUCUUAAAAUGUUCGUAGUUUAUUUGGAAUAGUGCAAUGGCUCAAAGUUCAGUGGAUUCAGAUAGACUAUCUUCGGCUGGUAUUUCUACUCAUAGUUCAGGAACAGCAGGGACAGUUGGAGGAUCUGUAGUUGGUGUAAGAGUUGGUGAUCCAAACCACAAGAGAGAAGAUGAGGAUGAUUAUAAUUUGGGUCCAUUACCUCCAAUGUGGGAAAAGGCAUUCACACCAUCAGGAGAAAGAUAUUUCAUAGACUAUAAUACAGGGACAUCACAUUGGCUGGAUCCAAGACUAGCGAGAGUUAGAAAGCAUUCUCUCGGUGAAUGUGGUGAAGAUGAAUUGCCAUAUGGAUGGGAACGGGUCACAGAUGAGAGAUAUGGCUCUUAUUAUGUGGACCACAUCAAUAGGCGCACUCAAUACGAGAAUCCUGUUCUGCAGGCUCGUAGACUCAGAGCUGAAAAAAUGGCUGCAGAAAAUGGCAAUAAUAAUCAAGUGAACGGUCCUCCCACCACUGGAGAGCUGAGAGGCGAGAGAUUCACUUUAAACCUUACUAAAGGCCCACAGGGUUUGGGAUUCACUUUGAUUGGAGCUGAAGGAAUACCGGAGACAGAAGGCUAUCUGCAAAUCCGUAGUAUAGUACCUCAUAGUCCGGCCUGGAUCGAUGGUGCUCUCCGCCCCGGCGAUGUUGUGGUGGGGGUGGGGCAGAGGGCCGUUCGAGGCUUGUCGCACGCGCAGGUCGCUCAGAUCUUCCAAUCCAUUACACCAGGCACUGAAGUCACUUUACAUCUUGUGCGAGGCUAUCCUCUCUCUUUCGACUCGGAAGACCCGAACACGCGCGUGCUGAGCACUCUGGCGGUGGACGCGACGACGCCCGCCACCCCCGACGCCGUGGCCAUGCAGCAACUCACGAGAGCCUUGCGGACUAGAUUCAACCUUGACUCACCCAAUCACGUUGACACAUCACAAGGUCGAGAUGAAACAGAUAACUCCCCAGACACUCCUCAUAGCCCCAAUCAACGGAGACUAAUGUCGAGAUCAUUUGAUCUCGAUGAGAUAGGAACGACAAAUGAAAACAAGGUGCCUCCGAGAUGCCCAUCUGCAGACCAUCUACUUUCUUUAGCUAGCGAUCAUCCACACCGCAACAAUAAUGGUAUUGCAAGUGAGCCGGGUCGGGAGCUCGUCCUCACAUUGCGCAGAGGCGCUGCGGGCUUUGGCUUCACCAUAGCAGACAGUGUACACGGACAGAAAGUCAAAAAGGUCUUAGAUCGCAGUCGAUGUGCUGGGCUGCGGGAGGGCGAUCUUCUGUUGCAAAUCGGAGAAACGGAUGUUAGACAUGCGCCCCACCAACACGUCGUACAGGUGCUGAAGGAGUGCCCCGCGCUGUCGGAGAGCGCGCUGCGCGUGUGGCGCCGCAGCGCGCGCGCGCCGCGCAGCCGCUCCGCCACGCGCGCCGCGCCCGUGACUACAAACAACAAUAUGCAGUUGGGUCGAAGUAAAACUCCAACGGCUGAGCAGCUGAGGUCUGCACCCGUACGUACGCCGGAUAACGAGCUCCGAGAAAGGCAGAACGGAAUGAAUUCAGUGGAAGCAACAUAUGCGGUUCCCGAAGCGAAAAACCGCGAAACUCGUGAAAGUAUAAUGGAAAGGCGACGCAGAAGCAGCACUCCCGGAGCGAGGCUCACCCUACCCGUGGUCACGCACUGGAACGACAACCAGGACAACCAAUGGCAGCAACAGCCCUGGCUAGACAACUCCAACAAUGUCAGGAACUGGGCUGAGACUCAGAAAUGGGAUGAAACGGGACAAAAAUGGGAUGGAAAUAAUACAGAAUAUAUUGGUAGGAUCGAAGGUCCGAGCAAUGGUUGGGAGCGAGGGGAGAGGUGGAAUAACAACUGGGGGGAAGUCCCCACUCCCACCGUGCACGUUGAUAUGAAUGCCGCUUACUGGAGAGGGAACGCCAGUGUCGCGGAUAGUAGCGAUAAUGGAGGUUUUCCAGAAGAUGGUAUGCUUCAUUCUCCAAGUACCGCGGCUGUUGGUGGACUAUCUAGACAAUCACCUUCGACCAGCAGAAACAGACCGCAUUCGCCUUCUAAUUCGAACGGUCGCAUGAGAAGCCACUCGCCGUCAAACAAUAGCGCUUCAGAGCGUCUCCUCGCCAAUUCUCCCUCGACACGUCUGCAGAGUCAGUCCCCUUCCAAUAACUCGUCCAAUAGCCGGAUAAAAGGAUCUCCGCUUAGCUGUCCGAUGACGUGUAAACCAAUAACUAUCGUUAUUUAUGCCAAAUUACGGUCCCCAACGCGCUCUCCGUGCUACGCGGAAGAAACACAGAACGCUCUGUAUGUCGCCAACUACCCGCAGGUAGAAGCAGGUGGCGCGACAGAUCCGGAAGCAGACGUGUUAGUAAGGUUGGCAAGAGGAUCAGCCGGCUUCGGGUUCCGUAUCGUGGGGGGCACAGAAGACGGCAGUCGGGUCGCCGUGGGAUAUGUCGUGCCAGGCGGGCCGGCCGACGGGCUGCUCCGGCCGGGCGACCUGCUGACGUCGGUGGACGGCAUCCCGCUGGCCGGCGCCACGCACGCGCUGGCCGUGGCCUACGUGUGCGAGGCGGCCGCCCGCGGACACGUAACACUCGGUGUGAGACACAACAGAGCUGACAUUCAGCCGCUCGGCCUGCCGACCAUACCGGCGCCUCACGCGCACCAACCGCUGCUCGCGACGGAACCGCUGCACCACGUGUCGCCGGCCUCCUACAACAUACUGCACCCGGCGCCGAUGUACCCGCCCGCCGCGCAUAUGUCAAUGUAUGGUGUUCAGUACGACACAAACACAGGAUGGUCUCCGACUCCUUAUGACGUGACAGUUACAAGAAACGAGGGAGAAGGAUUCGGUUUCGUUGUUAUUUCAUCUACCAACAAAGCCACUAGUACCAUAGGCCAGCUGAUCGCCAACUCCCCGGCGGCGCGCUGCGGGCGCCUGCACGUGGGCGACACCAUCGUGGCCAUCAACGGGCAGCCCGUGCGCAGCCUGCCGCACCCCGACGUGGUCGCGCUCAUCAAGCGCUCGGGCGCCGCCGUCACGCUCACCGUCACCCCGCCCGACCCGCGCCACGACUGAGCCCCACUCACGAUACAUGCAAAAUAAUCUCAAAAUGAAUCUACUUAGACUUCCAAACAAAAAUGAAAAUCUCAUUCCUCAAUGAAGCGAUGUGUUUUACAGGUAUUUGAAUAAUUACUAUAAGCCUAGAUUACUAGAAGUAUUGAAUCUAUAGCUUUAAUUUAAUAUCAAAUUUAUUUUAAGUAUUAUCGUAGUUGUAGUAAUAAAUUUAGAUAUAGAUAGAUUAUUAUUAAAAAUAUAAUAACAUUUUUUGUAGUAAUUAAGUGCCUCUUCUUCCGAAUAGUUGCCGUCCAAAUUUUUAGCCCUUAAUACCAUUAAAAUACACAAACAUACACUGUUAUUCAAUUUCGUUUUAAGAUUAGGACAAAACAAGCAAAAUCACAUUUGACUAUUAAAACACAUUUUGCUCAAUGUUUUGUAUAAACUUAGAUAUUAGUUAAAUGUGACCUCUACCUUAUGUAUAAUCUAUUUUCUAAAUAGAUUUUUGACGUUCUGUAAAUAUAUUUUGUAAAACGUGUUCAAAUGAUUCUAUAAUCACACAAUGUUAUAGGAUAUGGAAUUUGAAUAAUAUUUUUAAUAAUGAACAUUUUAGGGUUUUAAUGUUAUUAAAUGUACUUUUGCAAUAAUAAUAAAAUGUUAAUUUUAAUGAUGAAAUAACAAAACAGGACCAGAAACAGAUGAUUGUUAAGAUUUAAUUGGAAUAUACAAAAUAUUAAUAUCUGUAAUGAUAUGAAGUUAAUUGAAUUAUUCAAUUAUAUUUUCUAUAUAAUUAUUAUAUUUUAGAAAGUAAAUAAAUUGGAUAUGUGUAAUUUGUUACUAUGACUGACAGAAAUUAAAUAAGUCUUUAAUGGUGUUGUAGUUUUCGUUAGGUGAUUUGGUACCACCGAAAGGAGUGUAAUUUAGAUAAUUUAAUCUGUUAUUUAAGAGUAAAACAGUAAGUGCCUUCAUGUGACUGUCUUGCCUUAAUCCAAUUGUUGUAAAAUGUAUGAAACCCUCUUGUAUAUAACGCCCAAAGAUUGUCUUAUUAUGUAAUCGCUUAAAGUACAUUCCAAUGGCAGGAGAAGUAAUGAUAUACAAACCUUAUAUUUACAAAUAUUAUAACAUUUGCUUAUAGCUCUGCUAUAUUAUGUAAUACAUUCAUUUCUUGAUCUUAUUACAUCUUUAUUAAUAAUACAGCACUAUUCCAAACAACUACACUACUGUAAUUAUAUCCACUUUAAUUUUACUUCUAUAAUUUCGAUAUCAACUUCGUGGACAGCAUCAACCUCAAAAAUGCAUUUCUUCAAGAAAAAAAUAUGAAUACGAUCGAUUAUUUGAGGUGUCAUCCAGUUAUGUCUCGUCGCUUCAAGUUUUAUUUGUCUUAACUUCUCUCGCCAUUGGAAUCCGCUGUAGAUAAAUAUACUCGUCUAUAAAUUCCAAUGAUUCGGAAGUAUGUAAUGUUGUAAUAUGUAUUCGAAUGAUGCUGAAUGGAAUAAAGUUGGGAUUGGGCGUUAAAAAGCAAAUUUACUCAGUAAAUACAUAUAUUUUUAUAAUCAUUAAA